CUUCUGCUGAGGAGCUCAGAGCCUCACACAACUAUGGAGAACACAUCCUUCCAGGAGCCCUACCCCAGCAAACCAGGGGACCAACCUCCUGCAUACAACCCUGGACCUCCAGUCAUGCAGCCCUCUCCAUACCCUGCUUAUUACCCACCGGGGCCAGAUCAUGGUGUUCAGCAGACCCUCAUCUGUCAACCAACCUCAACCAAUGUGGUGGUGGUGAAUGGGCAGGUGGCAUCAACCCGGCCCCAGUACAAGGAUUACCUCUGCUGGUCCAUCCUGAACUGUCUGUGCUGCUGCUGGCCCAUUGGAAUUGCUGCCAUUGUCUUUUCUUGCAAGACAAGAAGCGACAUUGAUGCCCACGACCAUGACUCCGCAGCCAGAAAUUCCCGCACAACCUUCAAUCUGAAUGUCUCGGCUCUUGUCAUUGGAAUCAUCAUUGAAGUUAUAUUUGCUGUUUACUAUUUUGCUGUAAUGUAGAAAGAGUGACAGACCCGCCCCCGCUCAGCGCCCCCCCCCCCCCCCCCCCCCCCCGUCCUAUGCUGUAGUGGCUGCCUUUUUAGAAAGAGAAAUUGUGUAAAAUAAAACUUAUUUCAUCUCUGUGCAGUGUUACUGCUUGUCCUGAUCGGGGAAUAGCCUUAUGGAAGAUGACGUUUGAUAGGACAUGAUACUGAUAUAACGUAAGUGCCCCCUCCCUAUUUAUAAUGACAAUGGAAAUACUACUUCAAAAGCUCAGACAGGAUGAUGUUAUAA